CUGGACAUGAAACGGUGGGGAGGAAAAGAAGAAGAAGAAGAGUUUAAUAAGCGGAUAAAAACGAGCCAGUCAGGAAUACUCAGCAGUCGGCUUCAUUAGCUGUUAGCCGCUCCAGGUGUUUUGUGUCAUCCUCAUCAUCUACCUGACCGUCAGGUUCAUCAGAGAGGGUGCAGAACCGAUAACCUGCAGACUGUGUGGCUUCGUGUCAGUCUGUCUCUCUUUAGCUUUACGGAGGAACGUCCUCCAUGUUUUAGUUCCUUACAGCAAACAUGAAGGCUUUUCCUCCUCAGCUGACACACACCUUCCUGUCCUCUUAAUGAAUGUCUGUCUCUCUACCCUGUCUGUCUCUCCUUCCCACCUCUGUCCUGUCUUUCUGUCAGUGUUGUCUGUGGAUGGAAGUGUGGAGCUCAGCGAUGGGACCGGAGAGAGUCUUACCAAACUCUGAGGACGAGCUGGGGGAGGACGAAGGGCCAACUGAUGGAGCUCUGCUGCCGACGUGGAGUGGAGGAGAGGGCGGUGGUGAGGAGGAGGAGGGGGGAGAGAUGGAGCUGGAUGGAGAGGAGGAGGAGGAGGAGGAGGAGGAGAACGAGAACAGUGGAGGAUAUUUUUACCAGCCUCUGAACCAGGAGCCUGACGGUGUGAACAGCAGCGAACAGCUGGGGGAGGAGGGGGAGGAGCACGGAGAGGACGCCUCCUCCCACACAGAGCAGCUGCAGCAGGUGCAGCACAGGAUAGAGGUGAUGGGUCUUCACCUCCCUGAAGCUCCUCCUCCAGACAGCGAUGAGGAAGAGGACCCUGAGGGUGCGGCGGCCCUGAGGAGCCGAGCCUCCAUCCCAAUGGACGCAGACCACGUGGAGCUGGUGAAGAGGACGAUGGCUGCCGUUGCGUUGCCGUCUCUUUGCGUGCCGUCAUGGGCCAGAGAGAUCUCAGACGACCAGUGGAAGGACAUGGUCCAGAACACUCUGCAGAGCCGACAGAGCGCCGCCGCCCUGCGCCUCGCACGCAGGAACAACAUCAGUGGACCCUGAACACAUCACAAACACUUCAGGGACCGAGAAUAGCAGGUUGAAGAUGACUUUGUAAAUAUCCAGUGAACACCUGAGUCAUAAGGAGCCAGUGAAUCACAACAUCUGUUUUAUUUGUUACAGUAUAAAGAAAUACACUUUAAGUCAUACUUGAAGAUCUUCAGUUUACCAAAUAUCAGGAUCAACUUUAAAAACCACAACAGUCAGACUCAAGCUGUUACCUGUAGAGUCGGAGCGCUGGAGGUUUUCUGAUUCAGCUCAUUGUUUAAAGGAUGUCCAGGUCCAGUCCUCACCAUCAGACCAGGACUGCAGCUGGAUCCUGGACUGCUAACAACAUUCAUUGUUACGGACAAGCAGAGAGACUAAAUCACGACAUGUAUUUAUGACUAUAAGAAUGAAAACAAGAGUAACAAGAGUUAACACGAGUUACACAAGUUAAAAGUUAACGUUUGCUAACAGUUGUAAGUGUUAGCUAACGUUAUUGAGAGCGAUAAUAAAAUUCAUACUUGAUGGUUCAGUAUCAGGAGCUAAUGUUAGCUGUUAGCAGGUGACUGACAUUAGCCCAAAAGUUAACAUAACAUCCCAAGCUAACGGUCACAGAUAAUAAUAGUAAAAAACAAAAAAUAAAACAAUAACAUUAAUAAGCUGAUUUAAAAAAAACAUUAAAUUAGGAUGUUUAAAAAUUUGUUACUAUAAACUGUCACAAGUUUGCUUACAAACAUCAGCUAAUACAGCAAGCCGAUGAUGGAUGAUAUUAAAUGAAACAAAGCAAACAACAUUAACUGAAACCUUCAAUACCAUCCACCCUCCACCUGUCAGCUGGCUGAGCUUGAUUAGAUAACCUGAGCGAGCUAACGUUAGCUGGGUGAGGUUGGCUAGCUAACCUGAGCGAGCUAACAUUAGCUCCAGUCGUUCGACGGUAGUGCUAGCUGUGCUACGUUCAUUUGUCCACAGCUGCGGUGGAAACAUUAUUAGCAGUAUUAUUUAUUGUCAUAAAUGAAUGUUGUGAUGUAAUGUUUCUGUCGUUAACCGUAACAUGAAUAGCUUGUCAAAAUGAAUCAUUAGCCUAACUGUUCAGAGCUUUUCCUGCUACGCUGAGUCAAAAUACUCACAGUGAGAGAAAUUUAGAUUUUCCACAAAGUGUCCAAUAUAUAAACUGCAUUUUCAGAUUUCUGGAAAUCAGUGUGGAUGAAUCAGAAGAGCAGCUGGACGUGGUUACACUUUGUUUUCUAAUCAGAUCACAGUCACUUUCUUAAUGUAACAGUGUUUUUCUUGCAAUUACCACAUUUUUUUCUUGUUAGUUUUAAAAGUUAAAAGCUUUUCUCCAAUGUGUGUGCAGAUUCAAAAGCACAAACUAAGUAUUUUUGGCCUUUUCAGAAAGUACAUUUAAAAGUUUUGAGACUUGGGAGUGUGGGAAAUAUGGCUAUCAGUCUGUUUGCAGAUGUUUUCUGUAAGCUAAACUGAUAAAAUUUGUGUACACCCGUAUUUUCACAUACUUAAAUGUUUUAACAGACUUUUGCACAGACUGGCUUUGGAACUAUUACCCCGUCAUUUUGUCAACUCUUGAUGUUUUUGGCCCUUAUGUGAUCCCAAACUCCACUCGUGUUUGCUUUCUGUUACUGCUGAUCUGUGCCAGAAGCCUUCUUUUCUUUGUUUCUUUGAGUAAUCACAUCAUUUGAAUGUCCUGACCUGAUCUGAACCUAAUGACAGGAAGUUAAAACAGCGAUUAGAUUAUUUUUAAGAUUUUCCUGCUCUUGUUCUGUACGACUGAAGAAAACUAAAAAGAUUUGACAUGAGCAUGUUCUGUUUCUCAGCGUUAAGUUAGGAUGAAGUCACAUUCCACCUUAAAGCCAUUUACUGAAAUGUUUAUCUUAUUUUUAAUGCUUUCUGUGUGAAUGAAUGAAUUAAUCAAUCACGAAUUCAUCUGUUGGCAUAAAACACAAACUCUGAUUGUCAAACAUGUCCACUUUAUUUCUUUUUUAUUUGGUUCUGUACAUACAUGAACAUCUGUACAAAAUCAGACUUUCAUACUAUGUAAUCCUCUAACUAAUUAAAGUACAACGUAUAUACAGGA